AUAUUUGAAUUUUAAGUAGAUAUAUUCAACUUUAAUAUUUUGACAUUCUUUGGCAUAACUUUAAUUAUAACCAUUACAUCACACUGCUUUGGUCAUUUUAAUAUGUUUUUACUGAAACACUGAUUAAGUGUCAAUUGAUGAUUCUUUCACGUAGUUGAAUUUCCAGCGGUAUUGCUGAACACAUCAACUGGAGAGAUUGAAUCUGAGUUCCAUGCUUAUGUUCAGCCUCAGGAACAUCCAAUUCUUUCUGAAUUUUGCAUGGAAUUGACAGGCAUAAAGCAGGCCCAAGUUGACGAAGGGGUCCCUCUGAAGAUUUGCUUAUCUCAGUUCUGUAAAUGGAUUCAGAAGAUUCAACAACAGAAGAAAAUUAUCUUUGCUACUGGGGUUUCAGAUCUACCUACUUCAGAAGUCAAGUUGUGUGCAUUUGUUACUUGGUCAGACUGGGACUUGGGUGUUUGCCUGGAGUAUGAGUGUAAAAGAAAGCAGCUGUUUAAACCUGUGUUCUUAAAUGCUUGGAUUGAUCUCAGAGUAACUUACAAGAUUUUCUAUAGGAGAAAACCAAAAGGACUGAGUGGCGCCCUGCAGGAGGUGGGAAUCGAAUUCUUGGGACGGGAACAUUCUGGAUUGGAUGAUUCUCGGAAUACUGCACUUCUUGCUUGGAAAAUGAUCAGGGAUGGUUGCUUAAUGAAAGUUACAAGGUCCUGGAACAAGGUUCCCACUAAGAAGAAUCCCAACAUUUUGGGCAGAAAUUUGAAUACCAAUCAAGUUGAAGAAACAUCAGUCUGCAACAGAAGCAGUCGGGGUCCCAGCAUAUGUGAUAGGGAGCCUAAAAAUACAAUACAUUAUCAUGAAAAAGUGCAAAUGAGGUCUGAUGGUAUGAAUUCUAUAAAAGUAAACCAAGAUGAGUUACAACCAAAGAGCAAUUUAAAAGUAGGUCUUCGCAAUGUCAAAAACUGUUUCUCUCUCUUGACUACUCAGUCUUCUACUUCUCUGGGGCAGCUGCAGUGCCCCGGCGUCUGUGCACCUAUGCAGAAGCAAAUCAAAGACGAACAUCAAGCAUUUCGUGCCAAAUCUAAGGCUUCCACAGCGGAUUCUGAUUUGGUGCUUGUUUCAACUACCAUUUCAUCUGUUAAUCAUGUUUCUGAUGUGGAGAUGAGUUCUGCUCUCGACUGUUUGCCUAUGUUGACUGAUUGGGAGGAUGUAGCUUUACUGCCAGCAUCUCAGCCUGAGCAAAAUAUAGAUGAUAUGCCGCUCAUUAGUGACUCAGACUUAGCUACUUCAUUGAAGUCUGGAGAAAGGUUAAUGGUUCUAAAAGAAUCUGAAUUGUUAAGUUAUGAGAACUUUGAAAGCACAGAAGAAACUCCUCAACAAUCUGAGACCUCUAAGUUGGUUGUGUAUAAGAGUCCACAUACUACUAUUUAUAAUGUAAAAGAAGCCAAAGAUCCAAGGUCAGAUGUUUCUAACUUUAAAUUACCUGAGUGCAAAUCAAGCAGUUUGAACAGUGUUAAGGCCAGUGUGUCUUAUCCUUCAGUUCUGGGGAAAUGUCUUCUUUUAGGUGGUACUAAAAGGAACCCACCCAGUCCCCCAGCUGUCCCCCUAGCAAAAAAGCAGCCCUUCACUAUUCAUGAAGAAAAGCCGACAUCAUGUGAUGGCUCCCCAGUGAGGUCUCGGAAGCUCCUCUCCUCUGUCUUCACUCCUACAGUUAACCUACGAGAGCCUUGGAAGAGUGGGAAGGUGACACCUCCAUUAUGCAGGUGUGGCCGGAGGUCUAAGAGACUUGUUGUUUCUAAUAAUGGACCAAACCAUGGGAAAGUCUUCUACUGUUGCCCUAUUGGGAAAUACCAAGAAAACAGAAAAUGUUGUGGUUAUUUCAAAUGGGAACAAACACUUCAAAAGGAGAGGGCCAACAGCACAAUUUGGUCUCAUUCCUCAGGGGCACUCACCUCUAGUUCUCCAGAAAUAAGCCAUGUUUGUGACCAAAAGGUAAAUGUUUCUACUAAAAAUGCUUUGAGACUCAGACCUUCAAUGAGGAAUUGAUGAACUUUAUAUCUAAACUAUGUUUUUACUUUAGUAUGACGUUUGAUGUAAAGAGAAAAGCAUAUAGGGCUGCAAGUUAGGAGAACAGCAUUAUCUGAGCUCUGUCCACUGCACUUGGACUAUUACACACACACACACUGAAAAUAGAGAAACAAAUUUCACAGGUUUCUAAUUUCAGUCACCAGCCAUCUAACUUUUGUCUUUUGUUCAUGUAUGAAUCCUGAUUGUUCCUUGAAUUCCCAAACAUGAGUAAUCUUAAAAUGCCUAA